CCUUUAUCAGACGCAUCGCGCGUCAAAGAUUAUAGCAUUCCCGUUUGAUAUAUGCCGAAAGAGGAAAAAUAUUAAGUGUUAACUUCGAGGAGAUUGUUAUUCAUAAUUUAACGAUCGAAAAAUGGGUGAAAUAGGAGAUGUUAAGCUUCCUAAGCUAGAAAAUAACCAGAAAUCCUAUGCUGGAAUUCCAGAAGCAGUGUUCGUGGAAGAUGUUGAAGCAUUUAUGAAGGAGUCUGGCGACGAGGAAAACGUGGAAAAAGUUCUGAAAAGUCUUGACGAGCAACAUAGCAAAUAUAAAUUCAUGGAAUUUAAUAUUAUUUCCCGCAAGCGACGUCUACGACAACAGAUUCCUGAUUUAGCUAAAAGCCUCGAAAUGAUUACAAUAUUAAAAAAUCAGACUUCUGAUCAAGAAACACAAUUUCUUUUAAGUGAGCAAGUUUUCGUCAAGACUUGUGUUCCACCUACAAAGACCGUUUGUUUAUGGUUGGGAGCAAACGUUAUGCUGGAGUACCCAUUAGAUGCCGCAGAAGAACUUCUUCAAAAAAAUAAACAAUCAGCUGAGAUAAACCUCAAGUGCCUUGAGCACGAUCAGGAAUUUCUGAGAGAUCAGAUCACAACAACAGAAGUAAACAUGGCUCGAGUACACAAUUACGAUGUAAAAAAACGCCAGGCAAACAAAGCCGUUGAUUAGAAAUAAAGUUUUCUCUCUAAUUUGCUUAGCACAAAACUAUCGUGAAUCCAUUGAUUUAAAAAGUGA